UCGGCUCCUGGUCCCCCGGCUCCGCCCCCAGCACCCGGAGCCAGGACCCCGGAAGUGCGCGUUGGCGGCUCGGGCGAAGAAAAUCCCGAGGGAGCAGCUCUGUACUUUGUCUGUGGUGUGUGUAUUGGACUGGUCCUCACCCUAGCUGCCUUGGUGAUGAGGAUCUCUUGCCACACAGACUGCUGUCAGCAUUCCCAGGAGUUUCUGAAGGACCAAGAAAGCAGCAGCGACAGUGAGGAUGGCAGCCUGGAUGCAGCAUCUGACAUCUCGGUCAGGAGACAUCGGCGCUUUGAAAGGACUUUGAACAAGAAUGUCUUCACCUCAGUGGAGGAGCUGGAGCGAGCCCAGCGGCUGGAGGAGCGGGAACGUAUCAUCAGGGAGAUUUGGAUGAAUGGCCAGCCUGAGGUUCCUGGCACCAGGAGCCUGAACCGCUACUACUAGGGGCAGGAGCAGGAACCCAUACCCCACUGUUUAGCUGCCUGGGAGAGAAAGGGCCCUGCAGAGAUGGUGGGCACUAAGAGCUGAAUACAGUUCUGCUAAUGUUAUGGUGGCAGAGAUAGGCAGGACGCUGCCAUUUUCGAGACAGUAUGACACAUUUGUCCCUUUUGGCUACAUGGAGAAGUAGAAAAACCAAGUCGUUUCAUCAACCUUUCUAGAUCUUGGAAUGGUGCUGAAAACCCUCUCCAGCAAUGUGGAUGGAGAUUAGAGGAAUGGCACUUGUGGUUUCUCUUGAUUUCUGAGGAUCUCAGAAGUUUCUGCAGACUUCCUUGCUAUGUUUUAUUUCUAUAGAAAAGGAAAUAAUAUUAUAGCAAGAGGGCUAGGAAGAGCAGGGUUACCUUAACUUAGUAAAUGCCACUUAAAUGACUGUUUGCCAUGGAGGUGAUUUUAAUCCAGAUAGCAUUAUCUAUGCUUAUUAUUUAAGGCCUAUUUUCAAAUCAUGUAUUGUAAUUGCAACCUCUUCCAUUUAAACUGGCACCUCAGGGAUUAAAAUCCUGUUUUUUAUUACAGUUACCACUUUACUCAUGAAAAUGACUAAUGUAUUAUAGGAGAUGUGUCAGUGAACUAGAAAAAUGUCAAUAACCUCAAAGGAUGAAGGGUUUUAUUUUAAAUAGCUUCUAAGGAAUAUAUUAAUGUAUAUUUAAUGCUGUAUGCAUUUGAAAAUGCAGCAGCAGAACAAAAGCUGUGUCUCCCCUGUUUUGGAGAAAAGAAAAUGUUGUGACUCUAGAUAAUUAAACAUUUUGUUAAAACAGUAAAAACCAUGUUUGGAUUUAUAGUAAGAGAAUGGGAAUGGGAGGUGAGGAAUAAAGCCCAAAUUAGGGCUUUAUUAGGUUGGGAUAAAAAAUAAAAGUUACAUAAAAUC